AUGGCCGUGUAUGAGCGCUCGUUCGAUGUGAACGCUGCGUUCUUGGUUACAGGGAUUGUCUUGGGCUCACUCAUCUAUGGUACUAUGACAUUCCUCACGGCCUACCUCCUUAUCGUGGACCCCCCUCGCCUUGUCGACAACCUUUUCAACCGGUGCCUUCUCCGCGGAUGUAACAUCCGCAUCAUUCGAGCAGCUAUCAAGACUCUAGUCAUCGGCCUCGCCGCUCUUCUUUGGCCUUUUACUUUAACAAUCGGCGGCGUCGCCUAUUUCGUCUCCAUAAUUUACCGGAGUGUCAGAAAUAAGCCUGGGAAUGGUCAAGAACUACAUGUCAUUUCGGAGGGAAAUGAGCAACAGCAGCCUGGGCAGACGGCUAGGAAUCCCCGCCGACAGUCCAAGACUCGUGACACCAAGACAGGCUCCCAACUGCCUCCAGUCUACCGCCCGUAUCAUCAGAGCAAGGAAGCUUCUCCUUAUCCAGCUACGCCGGAGACGAGCUUUGCUGAAGGUUCGGAGGCGGAGCGAGAUUGCACCACUAUGGUGGAUGUCUUCACGGAGCCGCUGACGGUUGACGUUUGCGCUAUGGAUGGAACCAACUUUUGGUCCAGACACUAUUUCUUCUCGACUCAAGUCAAGCUAGACGAGCCAUAG